ACCUUACCAACACCUUAACAAAGUUAAGUAAAUCGAAGAGUUCGAAAUUUUCCGGCAGCCUUGCUUCUCUCUCUCUCUCUCUCUCUCGAUUUUCUAUUUAUCUUCUUUCCUAAUUGCGUCAGCUGUUUUCGAUCUCUGAUUCAGCCCUGCGCAAACGCGAUCUCAACUCAAGAUCCGCUUGACUCAGUAGAGGGUUUGUUCCUGUAGUUUAGUUUUCGUUUCGUCGUAAAGUUCUCGUCUAGUCUCACGCAGUGUUUAUGCGGCUCGAUCCCUGUACUGCUCCAGGCUUCGGUUUUCGACUGGCUUGAAUGUGAAAACUAUGAAUUUUGUGGAAAUGGGGCCUUUUCUGCUUCGUGUGUCUUGCGGAAAGUGGUGCAGUAGCUGAAGAGUGGCUAGGGUUUCUAAUUUUGUGGUCUGAUUUGGGGGUUUUCUGGAGUUUAUUUAUUAGUCGCUGGAAUUAGAUGUGAGAAUUUGUGGUUUUGGAACGUGGUUACGAGAGAACAGCUUGUCAACGGGUUAGGGUUUUGUUGGUUUAUUUUAUGCAAUUGUUCAAUUUGAUGCCUGUUAGUUUGACUUUGAUGAUUUGGGAAGUCAAUUUCAGGUGAAUGACCUUAGCUGAAUCUUGGGUUUAGCUGUUUUUGUGAAAUUGGGAAUUUUUUUCUUUUAAGAAGUUUAGUCGUAUGGUUUUACAGGAUAGUGUUGGUUCUUUUUGGAAAUAAAAAAUAAAGGUGAGUUUUUGUUGUAUGAAAACUAGAGUCUUGGUUUUGGGAGAGUAAUGUUUUAUUCACAGUUUAUAUUGGCCAAGAAGGGGCCAUUGGGAACGAUAUGGAUAGCAGCGCACUUGGAGAGGAAGCUUCGAAAGAAUCAAGUUGCAGAUACUGAUAUUGGUGUAUCUGUAGAUUCCAUACUCUUUCCCGAAAUACCAAUUGCAUUGCGAUUGUCCAGCCAUCUUCUGCUUGGUGUGGUGAGGAUAUAUUCUAGAAAGGUGAAUUACCUUUUCGAUGAUUGCAGUGAGGCUUUGCUUAAGAUAAAGCAAGCUUUUCGCUCCACUGCAGUUGAUUUACCGCCAGAAGAAUCUACUGCUCCGUAUCACUCGAUCACCUUACCGGAGACAUUUGACCUUGAUGAUUUUGAGCUACCAGAAAAUGAAAUAUUCCAGGGGAACUAUGUCGAUCGUCAUAUCAGUACAAGGGAGCAGAUUACCUUGCAAGACACAAUGGAUGGUGUGGUCUACUCUACAUCACAAUUUGGGUUGGAUGAGCGGUUUGGUGAUGGUGACACUUCUCAAAUUGGUUUGGACCUUGAAGAGGACAUGUACCUAGACAAGAGGGGUACCGGGAAUGAUGGAGUUUCAGAUAGUGAUCCCCAAGCAUCUGCUGAAGCAAGGAUAAUAAUGUCUGAAAAGGCUGCAAAGGAUAAGGGAGUGACUGGAGCGCCCGAAACUAUGGCAGUUGAUGGCAAUGGACAAGAGGUUGGAGCUUUGCCUGCAACAUCUGAAUAUGAUGAGUAUGCCCAAGCCCCGUCAACUCCUGGAUUAGUUGAGGUGUCAAAUCUAUCCAGUGUUCAGAAGGCACUAGCCUGUGAUGAUCAAAUGGAAUCAGAAGAUCAUACUGUAACAGAUUUGGUUGCCAUAGAGGGGGGUGAAAAUGCCGCUAACAAAGUGGAUCUUGAUCAAAGGGGGAAAAGUGCAAUAGAUUGGUCUUUCCAGAAUGAUCUACAUAAUGAUUCUACUGAAUACGUGCCUCCUGAUGAUGGAGUUUCACCAUCCAAUACAAUGGAUGGGGAAAAACACUUGCAUAAUGGUGCUGUAUCCUCUAUAGAUCGAACUGGUGCUGAAUUUGUAGAAUCUCCUUGCUGCUCGCAUGUCACUUCUGAGGUGGAGGAUGUGGGUCAGGCAUCAAAUAUGCCUGAAACUCAUAAUGGUGAAGUUCCUAAUAAUGUCAAAGAAUCAUGUACUUAUGAGAAAGAAUUAGUGUCACAUGUUGUCUGUGCAUCUGAAUCACCUGGUAGACCCACAGUUAUUGAUGCUGAAAUUCAUGCUUGUAAGGAAACAAAGAAUCCUGAUAACUUGAAUGACUCAGUUCUUAAUGGGGAAACAUCAUUGGCUUCUAAGGAUGGGCUUCAACCAUGCAGUUCCAGUUUGAGCCAGCCGGAUCUGCCAUCUCCUGGGAUUGUAGAGGCAUGCUUAGGGGAAACAGCCAGAAGCCAGGAGGCACUUCAUUCGUCUGGAGCUUUGACUGAGCAAGGUGAAGGGUGCCGUAUAGCUGAUGUUAUUCAGUCAGAGGACAAUCAAAUGGCAAAUUCCAUUUCACAUGAUGAAAUUCAAUUUAAUAGCAGGAUGUUGGACAAACAACAACCCAGUGUGCUUGCUAGUGAUAGUCAGUUGGAAAUAUUGAAUAAGUCCACAGCUUCAGAUUUUCCCACAGCUGAAAAGGUACUAUCUUUACCUGAAGAACUUGGUGAUAAACCAAAAGAUUUUGUGGUAGAUUCUACACCAGACAAAGCAGUUGUAGCAGGGGCAGAUGGAGUUGAUGAUACAACCAAGCAUAUUUCUGGGAAAAAGCGUAGUUUCACAGAAAGUACACUUACUGUAGAAAGUUUUAAUUCAGUUGAGUCAGUUGGCUUAACCUUAUCUAAGAGAACUGCUGAGUCCAUUCCUGAUGACGAUGAUUUGCUAUCUUCUAUUUUAGUUGGAAGGAGAUCUUCAGCUUUAAGAAUGAAGCCCAGUCAACCUCUUGAAGUUGUGUCUAUAAAACGCACACGAUCUGCUCCCCGUUCGACACUCUCAAAAAGGAAGGUUCUUAUGGACGAUACUAUGGUGGUGCAUGGCGAUAUCAUACGUCAACAGUUGACAAACACUGAAGAUAUACGCCGCAUUCGAAAGAAGGCGCCUUGUACCCAUCCUGAAAUUUUGAUGAUACAGCGGCAGUUCUUAGAGGAAGAAAUCUUCCUUGAACCGAUAGCUACUGGCAUGUCAGCUGAACUGGUGUCUCUUCACAGCGAAAGAUAUGACCUAAGUAGAACCAAGGUUUCUGAAAUUGGUGAAAAUUGUGCUUCCUCUGAAGUCGUUAAGGAUGUGGAAUGUUCUAUUAGGCUUGAUGUUGUUGAAAAAAGUGGAAUGCUAGGUAGUGCGCCUAUCAUCUGUGGAAAUGAUGUCCAAGUUCAACCUGAUGAGACUCUCAUUCAGGCUGAGACCCAGCAGAGUAAAGAACGUGAAUUUGACAUGCAAUGUCAAACAGGAGCGAUUUCUGAUGUAUAUCUGGAUUCUCUGCAGCAUGAACCUUUGGGGGAGAAGUCUGACAUGGAAAUUGACGGGCGAGGCAAUGCAAUGGCUGAUGAAGUGAACCACUUUGCUUAUCGAGAAUUGGAGAUGGCAUCCCUUACUGGUGUUAUUCCUGAAGAUAUUAGUGAAAUACCGCAUGGGGGAAGGACUGAUAUUACCAGUACUUCUAUGGGGAUGGAUCUAUCAUGUGAGCCAUCUGAUUGGGGAGUGGAUGGUCAGCCUGUUGAGAAGGGUGGUUUGUAGUUGAUAUAAGCAACAGGGAUGAAGUUAUUGGUAUUGAAGGUGCAGAACAUAAUAUGGGAGAUAUUGUUGCUGUUGAGAGUGAUUUGAAAGAAAGGGGCGACUUUCCAUUUGAUGAAAUUAAAGCUGGUGCAUUGGUUGCAAUUGAAGAUCUUCAACCAGAUAUUCCUGCACCAAUUGCUAGUACAAACAACUCCCUUUCAAAAACUCUAGAAGCUGGUGAUGUUAGCCAAACUGUUGGGGAAA